AUGAGGUUAAUCAAUAAGGUACCAUGUGACUGCCAAAUCCGUUGGCACUGGGACUACUAUUCCACGAAAGAUUGGUCUAAAAAACAACAGCAGCAGCUGGAUAGUUUGAAGAGAUACCAGAGGCGACAAAUGGAUGCAAACUACGUCUUCAAUCAGGUACAUGGCAUGUCUCCCAUUAGUUACCCAGCUCAUGGUGUUAGCAUUCGACCUCUUCAGGCAACAAAGUUGGAAGUUGAUCUAACUUACAUGGGAUCAAGCGUGAAAAUACCUAUUCACAUACAACAACAAAGGCUACCAUGGCUGUAUGAAGCAGGAUCUGGUAAGUUUAGAGACCGCGUCACCGUGGUGGUCAAGACUUUCCUUCGUUACACUAAUCUACGACGAUUAAUACGUUCCAUCCAUGAGUUUUACCCUGGAACCAGAAUCAUAGUUGCCGAUGACACACCAAACGAAUUCUACAAGGUGAUUAAAGGUGACGAUGUCGACCAAUUCAAGAUGCCAAAUUUUACGGGCUACUUUGCUGGACGAAACCUCGGAUUGUCUCAAGUAUCAACCGAGUAUUUUUUGUACACUGACGAUGACCUCUACUUGUUGAAGCAAAAAAGUGACUUGGAUUAUUUGGUAUCCCUGUUGGAUGAGACAAAUUUUCAUUUGGUCGGUUCAUUACAAGGAAAUCAAACCAAGACGAUGGGAUCGAUUUUCAACUUUAAGGGAUACGGCGAUCACACUUGCAUUGAGAGGAAGUUUGGUUAUCACUCUGAAGUUCCAGGAUUUCCUGGGUGCUUCAUCGUGGAUAUGGUGACUAACUUCUUCAUAGCUUCCACCAUUGAUGUUAGGGCUGUUGGGUUUGAUCCACAUCCACUGUUGUCAAUUGUUGGGCACAGAGAAUUCUUCUAUAGCGCUUUCGGAAGGCUUCGCAUAGCAGUGUGCAGAAACGUUGUCUACGCCCAUGAACGUGGUGGUGAUUCAUCUUUUGAAGACUACAAAAGUCAUGUUUUGGAUAUUGCAGAAAAAGUGGUAGUUUCCUUCUUUCAAGAGGAUUUCUUCAACUAG